GUUUCUUUUCAACUUCUAUAGCUGAUUUACUGAAAUUCAUAUACAGAAAUGAUAUACCCAACACGGGUUCUUGAGAACUUGUAUUGUAGUAGCUGAUUUUGUAUGAAAAUUUGAUGAUUAGUUGUUUAACUAUUGCCUGGCUUUGCUUUUUGGGCUGACACGAACAAAACAUAUGUCGAGAGAUUUUGUUCAAUCCACUUCAAGGCUGUGUUCUGGGGGCAGAUUGUUUCCACUUGUUGUAGGGUGCCUUCUUUUCCUUCACCUUUUCUCCUUUGCUCAUCAAAGAAACGCGCAAAGUGGGGAGACUCACUUAAGUACAAACCAGCGCACACAGUUUAGCAUACUUGAAAAGGUCGAGGAGGAGAAUAUACAGCUUCCACAGCCCAGGAAGCGAUCCACACGUGCUGCCAAACGGAAGCCUAAACGGCCAACCACCUUCAUUGAUGAAUUCCUCGACGAGUCUUCCCAGCUAAGGAAUGUGUUUUUCCCUGAUCAGAGGACUGCUGUGGAUUCUAGGAAGGAGAAUGGGAAUGAUACCUACUAUUACCACCCAGGAAGAAUAUGGUUAGAUACAGAGGGAAACCCGAUACAGGCUCAUGGGGGAGGCAUUCUUUACGAUUUGAGGACAAAAAUGCAUUAUUGGUAUGGAGAGUAUAAAGAUGGCCCCACUUAUCAUGCUCACAAAAAGGGAGCUGCAAGGGUUGAUGUCAUUGGUGUCAGUUGCUAUUCGUCUAAAGAUUUGUGGACUUGGAAAAAUGAAGGCAUUGUUUUAGCAGCUGAAGAAAAAAACGAGACACAUGAUUUAUACAAAUUGAAUGUGCUAGAGAGGCCUAAAGUAAUUCACAAUGAGAAGACAGGUAAAUAUGUGAUGUGGAUGCAUAUCGACGAUGCCAACUACACCAAAGCUUCUGUGGGUGUUGCCAUUAGUGAGUUGCCCACUGGCCCCUUCAAUUAUUUGUAUAGCAAGCGGCCUCAUGGGUAUGAUAGCAGGGACAUGACACUGUUCAAAGACGAUGACGGUGUAGCAUAUCUGAUUUACUCAUCGGAACACAACAAGGACCUUCAUAUUGGUCCACUUAACGAAGAGUAUAUAGAUGCGACAGAGAGCAUGAGAAAGAUUCUUAUCGGACAACACAGGGAAGCACCUGCUCUAUUUAAGCACCAGGGAACAUAUUACAUGAUCACAUCUGGCUGUACUAGUUGGUCUCCAAAUGAGGCCCUUGUUCAUGCAUCCGAAUCAAUUAUGGGGCCAUGGGAGACCAUUGGAAACCCAUGCAUUGGCGGGAACAAGAUUUUUCGACUAACUACUUUCUUUGCUCAGGGUACAUUUGUGGUUCCUUUAUCUGGGGUACCUGGUCUCUUUAUCUUCAUGGCAGAUAGGUGGAAUCCGGCUGACUUGAAGGAUUCGAGGUAUGUGUGGCUACCAUUGACAGUGGGUAGACCUUUAGAUCAUCGUCCUGAGUACAGUUUCGGGCUCCCUUUGUGGUCUAGAGUGUCUAUAUAUUGGCAUAAAAAAUGGAGACUUCCUUAUAGGUAACAGUGAAAAAUGUAA